AUGCACCUCGCACUGAUCUUCGCCGCCUUGGCCUCUCUCCUGACCCUCACCACCUCCGCACCAACCCCCGUCCCAUCCGACCUCGAGGACCGCCAAUCUCUGAACCCCACGCGCAACGACCUCUCCGGGCCCUGCAAGGCCAUCACGGUGAUCUUCGCCCGCGGCACGACCGAGCUCGGCAACGUGGGUCUCUUCGCCGGUCCACCCUUCUUCAACGCCCUCGGCGCCAUCGUCGGCUACGACAACGUCGCCGUGCAGGGCGUCAGCUAUCCGGCCGACAUUCCGGGCUACCUGCUCGGGGGGAGCGACGCGGGCAGCAAGACGCUCGCGGGCUUGGUGGUGCAGGCCGCCAGCAAGUGUCCUGCCACGCAGAUCGUCGUGGGCGGCUACAGCCAAGGUGCUCAGCUCGUCCACAAGGGCAUGAGGCAGGUGUCGGCUGAUGUGGCGUCACGGGUGGCUGCAGUUGCGCUGUUCGGCGACCCGGACAAUGGACAACCCGUGCAAGGCGUUUCGAGUGAUGAUGUGAUUACGUUCUGCCAUGAGGAUGACUUGAUUUGCAAGGGCGCGCCGAUAGUGCUUGCUGCUCAUCUCAGCUAUGCGCUUGAUGGGCCGAGUGCUGCACGAUUUGUGGCGCAGAGAGUGCAGGUCUAG